UUUACCUGCCUCUGAUCAGCCACCUGCGUGGGUAGAAUCCAAGGACCACGUGUGUGGGGAGAAUCCAGGGACUUUUUGGUGGAGCAAUUACUGGCCGCCUUUAGGAUAUUGUGAUCAACUGUCAUCUUGGGAGAUCAAGUACAGUACAGUAGAGAUCAAGGCAUCAUCACAGAGUCAUUUCCUCUGCUACUGCAGAUCCCUGAACCCUGAGGGGAGGGGUUUGAUGACGACAUCUCAUUUAGGACUGAAUGCUUUGAAGCCUCUCACUUUCUACACAUUGUCCAGUUUGGGGUGUCUGUGUUAAUUCCAAUCUACUGCAAGAAGACACUUCUCUGAUGAGGAUUGAGUGAGGUUUUCUGGCAGAACCAAUGUGGGCAAAGCAUCUGCAGGCUAUGCGCCCCACCAGAGCUCCACAUGGGAGGCUUCAUAGAAACAGGGAUGCUGUGGCCUGGCCCUUCUCUAGGCUCUGGAGAGUCUCUGACCCAACUUUGUUCCAAAUGACCAUCAUUGCUGCUCUCUGGGUUGCUGUUUUUGGUAAAUGUGGUCCACCACCUGAUUUACCUGAUGCCAUGCCAGUAAGUGAGAUGAACCAGACAGACUUCGAAAGCUCAACUUCCCUGAAAUACAUUUGUCGUCCUGGCUACAGUAGGGCAUCUUCAAGCCAGGCUAUAUACUGUAAACCUGAUGGGAAAUGGCGGAUUGAUAUUGCCUGUGUCAAAAAAUCGUGCAGGAAUCCGGGAGACUUACGGAAUGGACAAGUAGAAGUCAAGACUGAUUUCUCCUUUGGAUCACAGGUAGAAUUCAGCUGCUCAGAAGGAUAUAUCUUAGUUGGCUCAUCCACUAGUUAUUGUGAGAUCCAAAGUAAAGGAGUAGCCUGGAGCGAUCCUCUCCCACAAUGUGUAAUUGUCAAGUGUGAGUCCCCUCCAGACAUCAGCAAUGGGAGGCACAGUGGUGGUGAUGACUUCUACACAUAUGGCUCCUCCAUCACCUAUAGGUGUGAUCCCCACUUCAUGCUCCGUGGCAAUGCCUCCAUUACCUGCACCGUAGUGAACAAAACAGUAGGUGUUUGGAGCUCAAGCCCCCCUACUUGUGAAAGAAUCACCUGUUCUGAGCCAAAUAUUUCACAUGGAACAAUUGUUUCUGGAGUUAGAACUACCUACAAACACAAAGACUCCGUUAGAAUUACCUGCGCGAAAGGGUUCAUCCUCAGAGGCAGCAGUUACAUUCACUGUGGAGCUGAUGGGAACUGGAGUCCUCCCCCCAUCUGUGAACUCAAUAGUUGCACUAAUAUACCAGACAUUCCACAUGCUUCCUGGAUACGAAAUCCCAAGCCAACAAAAGAAGACUUUUAUCCGGUUGGGACUAUGUUAUACUACAAUUGCCAGCCUGGCUAUGAGCCUGCUGUAAGACAUCGGAUGGCUGUGAUUUGUCAGAAGGAUUUCACCUGGAGCCCAUUCAAAGGAUGCAAGGAGAUAUGUUGUCCAGUACCAGAUGCAAAGAAUGUUAGAGUCAUUGAACAUAAAAGAAUGUAUCCUGAGAAUGGCUGUACUUAUUUCCAUGAUGACACAGUAUUAUACAAAUGCCAUGAUGAUAGCACCUUUUCGGCUACUUGCAGUUCAGAUGGCACAUGGUAUCCCAAAACUCCAUCAUGUGAUCAGAGUUGUAAAUUUCCUCCAGACAUUGCCCAUGGACAUUAUACCACAUCUGCUAGUUACUUCACAACUGUGGCAACAUAUCAGUGUGAUAAAGGAUACAGACUGGUUGGAGAGGCAAAUAUUUCCUGCCUGUUUUCACAAUGGAGCUCAGCAGCUCCACAGUGUAAAGCUCUGUGCCAGAAACCAGAGAUAAGGAAUGGAUUGCUGUCUGCCAAUAAAGAUCAAUAUGUUGAAUCUGAAAGUGUCACCGUCCAGUGUAACUUUGGCUUUGCCAUGCUAGGUUCCCAAAGUAUCACUUGUUCAGAGAAUGGAACCUGGUACCCAGAGCUGCCCAAAUGUGAGGAGGUCGCCUCUAAAGACUGUGAGCAUGUGUUCAAAGGCAAGAAGUUGAUGCAAUGUCUACCAAAUCCCAAUGAUGUGAAAAUGGCGCUGGAGAUUUACAAGCUCUCUCGGGAGAUUGAGAUAUUAGAGCUACAGAUACGCAAGGAAACACAAACUACCCUGGAGUGAUGACUGGAAACUCUCUCAAGGAGGAAGAAGCACGGCAUUGUCUUUCUGACUUCGGUGCCAAAACAGGUCGCCUGCACUUUGCACCUUUGGUCGCUUUGGCACUAAUGCUCAUGAUAAUAAAUAUCUGGUUAGGCUAAUUCAUUAAAGCAUAAUGUUUUAAGUUUAUGAAAUAAUUAAUCAUCUUGUGGCUCGUAAAUUUGCUUUUUCUGAAUACAACGUGCACAUAUUUUCAAUUAAAAAUCAAUUUUGCUCUUGUAUUCAUUUAGUACUAUAUAAAACUAACCCAUUUAUUUAAAAAUAUGAGGUACAAAAUUCAUUUUAGUGCACUCACGCUAUUGUGUCCGUGGACUGCCUCUAUCUCAGUCUUACGUGUGCACGUCAGCCAGGUCCUUAGAGUUCAGAGCAACUGCCAGCAUCCCCCAUUCCCCACCCCCCACCCCCGAACCAGCCCGGUCCAGGCUACCCACUGAAGGCUAGCCAGUCUCCUCUGAACUGUGAAAAGUCCCUCUUUCAUUCAGGCUGCAUGUCAGCCACCACCCUCCUUGAAGGGGACUCACGUAGUCUCUCUAACCUUACUCCAGCCCCAGAGAAGGAAGUUCAAAGCAUUGAUGACUGUGAAGACCACUUCAGCCAUCUUCACAUUCUCAAGUCUUUUGUCUGAUUUGAUCACUGUUUUCUUUGAUAUUGAAUGAACAUGGCUGGAGCCACUUCCCUAACACCAGAAGAGAAACCCUAUUCAUGAUUGUUUGUAUCUGAGUUCUCUGGGGGCACCACAUAUUCCAGGCACCAACUCCUGCUCCCUCUAAGCCUUUCUCAUUCUUGUCUCGGUGCCUCGUGUCUCUUCCUAUGGGACUCUGUGGGUAACUUUAGUCUUUUUGUUGACUUUCCCCAAACAUUCCACAGGAGGCCAAGGUACAUAGCACGUUUUCUCUGGGCCUUAGAUGAGACAGAUGUGCCCGAACGGCUAGAUAGGCACAUGUGAUGUGGAAAGCUCCCAUCUGCCAUCAUCAAAGCCAUUAGCCAAUACUAAGAGGUGACUUGAAAUUCUUUCUUGGGUGACUGUUUUUGUUCAUCCUCAGAUACAAGCAUGUGUGGCAGCUGAUUUACUUAGAAGGUGGUUCUGGUGAGCACUAAGAGGGGAUGCUGGCAAGACAGGACAAGAAAAGAGAGCACAAGAAGGACCAUUUUAAAGGGUGUUGUUGCUGUGAAUCCCAAGGGCUCAGUCAGGCUGAUAGCUCUCUGUGGACCUAAGGAAUGUGACUCUGAACUAGCCUCCUCCUGGUGAGGACCUGGGGUGUGCAUCCACUUGCUCACUCCAGCAGCAUUGACUUCCAGAGGCAGCAAAGCAUACUGCAAGGAAAGGGACCACUCUCAAGGAGGUGUUUGUAGUGGACUUCAGGGUAGACUAAGGAUGUAGGAGCAGGUUUCACCUAGCUGGCACGUUGUCGUUAACCACUCUCUACACAACUGCCAUCGGUCCUGUCUGGUCCCUGGGUUGUUCUGCCUUCUAUUGCUGCUGACGCAAUUCCCACCCAGUUUUGAGAGUGGGUCACCUCUCCCUGCAGACUGGCAUAUACUGAUUCCACCUGUUACAUUCUCACAAAUCAGACAUUUGCUGAACCCCUCUGAAAAACUACUUAGUUAACACUUAUUAACUAUUCGACAACCCAUCUGAACACAUUUGAUUCCCACUUGGUUCUUGGUGUGGCGGUGCAUCAUUAGCUCUGUGGGUGUUCCUGGCAUUCUCAGAAUAGCAUUCCUUCUCCUGAUUCCACUGUUUAGAUGCCUUAGGAGCAUCAAUGUUCAUCUCAUCUUCAUUACUUACAACAACUAUGAACUCAGAGAAUGAAAAUGAGUAUUAGGAAAGUGGUUUAAACCAAUGCUGCCUGUAGAAUGUUCAAGAGAAGGAAGGAACAUUCAACCAUUUGCUCACUCAUGUGAUGUGAGUGAGGGCAGCGGAGAGGUGAUACUUCAUAGCAAAAUAGUAAAUAAAGUCUAGAAAAAGUAUUACGAUCGACUCAUCAGGAGGUCUGCAGGUAUAUCACAUUAAAAACGCGUACAUCACAGGUCUCUGUUAGGGCUGUGCAAUUUUAAACAAAGGAAAUCCAAGCAGAUUUGACCUUGGCAGCCUCCACCUGCACCUCUCUUCAGCUGCUUUCAGUGUCUUGGGGGAGAGGAGUGCACACGGGCCAGGGUUUUGGGGCCAAAUAUUAAUAAUUAUAUGGCAGGGUUUUUCCCCUACACCUGCUUUUGCUAAUUCUAUUUCCGUAUUUUGCCAUCAGCAUUUGAGACCACAUCUCCCUCCUCUGGCACCAAAUGUCACUGCAAAAUAUCUUCAUUCAUUAGAUAAUUAUUUUUAAAACAUGAGUAUUUUUUAGUUUAUUAGGUGCUAGUUGAAUAAUAAUAUUUUAAAAUUUUAUUGCCACUUACUACUUGUGUUACAUUUUAUUACAUGUAUUCAAUAGUCCAGAGUAGAUUAGGAUUAUAAUUAAUUUGUGUACUAUACAUACUACACUUAAAUUAUUAGUAAGUUUCUAGAAUAUUGGGAAGCUGAUUGACAUAUUAAAUGUACUAUAUGUAUAAAUCCUCACUGGUUAUUUGUAGCUUAAUAAAGUGGUUGGAAAAGUGGGAUUAAA